CUCAAAAAUAUAGUGCCUACUAAAUCCUCAAUUGAUCUUUCAAAUAUCACUGAUUUUGUAGUAAAUGAAGGGCAUGGAGUAAAGGGUCUUUCAGAAAUGGGCAUUCAAAAAAUACCCAAACAAUAUAUUCAGCCAAUUAAAGAGAGAUCAAUUACAACUACCCCUACAAUUCUUGAUGAUCAAAUUCCAGUAAUUGACAUGUCCAAUUGGAACAUUGACAACAAUGCAGCUGAGAAAUGGUUUUUUUUCCAGAUAAUAAAUCACGAUAUUUCUCUUCAAGUUCUUGAAUCCGUUAAGGAAGCCACGUAUAGGUUUUUUAAACAGCCCGCGGAGGAGAAGAGUAAGCAUUCCAAGGAAAAUUCAUCGACUAAUAACGUAAGAUAUGGUACACGUUUUACUCCUAAAGCUGAAAAAGCUUUGGAAUGGAAAGAUUAUUUGAGCCUUUUUUACGUUUCUGAUGACGAAGCUGCUUCUCUUUAGCCUUCUGCUCUAAGGGAUGAAGCAUUGGAGUUGUUGAGAAAUUCAGAAAUUGUGAUCAAGAAGUUAUUAGAGGCACAACUAAACAUAAAAUCAAUAGACCAAACAAAAGAAUGACUUCUAAUGGGAUCAAAGAGGAUUAAUUUUAAUUACUAUCGAAAAUGUCCUAAUCCUGAAUUAACCAUUGGUGUUGGUCGUCACUCUGAUGUCUCAACGUUAACAAUACUUCUUCAAGAUAAUAUUGGAGGCACGUGUCACCAAUCGAGGGGGCUUUGGUAAUUAACAUUGGCGAUGAAUACAAUAAUGUAUUUUUAUAUUAUUAAAUAUAUAGUAAUAAGUGCUUAAAUGAAUACAAUAAUGUAUUUUUAUAUUGCAUGCGCAUCUUUCUCAUGUAAAACUAUUUUGUUUCUUGUAUUAAAUUUAAGUGUGUUUAAUAUUCCUUGGGAUAAA